UCGGAUAAAUGUUUUCUUAGCGCUGCGCCAAACAGCCAUUAUAUGCCUAUACGGUACUACACACGAAAGUGAAUGAAUGGGACAACUUGUAAGAUGGUCGAAUUAAAAUCGGAGGGUGUAAAUCUGGCAGCAGUUUGCCAAAUAACAGCGACUGAAGACAAAGAAAAGACAUUCAGCUCAUGUCGGAGAGUCAUAGAAACAGCAUGCAAAAUGGGCGCAAAGGUAGGUCCACCUACAAACUUCAUAUUGAGCUGGUCAAAUUCUGUCACGACUCUGCAUCUUUUCUUUCUUGACUUGUCGUAAACUAGCUUACACUGGCGGGCUUUGUUGCCGGAACUUCUCCGAUGAAAUCCCAUCGAUUCCGGCCGCUUUCUUGAUGAGUGGAGAAAGCCGCCUUUUCCAAUUUUGAUCUGGAUGUAAUACAGUACAGGACCGUUAGAUGGUAUUUUUACCCGAGGCGUGUGAUAACAUCCAAAGAUCUCCAGCUGACAGUGUCAGAUAUGCAGAAGGCAUGGAUGGUCCAACCAUGUCGGCUUUCAAACAACUUGCAAAGGAACAUAAAGUAUGGUUGUCCAUUGGAGGAUUUCAUGAGAAGAAUCCUGAAGAUGACUCCAAAAUGCUGAAUACCCAUGUGAUUCUGGAUGAUAGAGGAGAUGUCGUCAGCAGAUAUUCAAAGACUCAUUUAUUCUCUGUGGAUAUCCAAGGGCAGUUCAGGCUGGAUGAGAGGGACUGCUGCACCCCAGGAAAGACCAUUGUACCUCCCGUCGACACUCCUCUUGGGAAAGUGGGAUUAGGCAUCUGCUAUGACCUACGGUUUCCAGAGUUUUCGAUGAUGCUGACCAGACAAGGGGCGGAGAUCUUGACUUUUCCUUCGGCUUUCACAAUACCAACGGGGAUGGCUCAUUGGGAGCCGUUGUUACGGAGUAGAGCUAUUGAGAACCAAUGUUAUGUCAUCGCUGCCGCCCAGACUGGAAAACACAAUGAUGGAAGAGCAAGCUAUGGUCAUGCAAUGAUUGUUGAUCCUUGGGGGGCCGUCAUUGCCCACUGUUCUGAGGGAGAAGGGGUGGCUGUGGCUCAAAUUGAUCACGGUUAUCUUCAGAAGAUUAGAACAUCAAUGCCUGUAUGGGAUCACAGAAGAACUGACUUGUAUCCAACAUUUUAGCCUUACUACAGAUACGAUGAGAAGAAGUAAAUGCAGCUGAGAUAUAUUUUUUGCCAUGAAAAGGUGAUGUUGCGAAAACGGAUGUUUUAAAUCGAUUAUGAUUAUCUAAAAAAAAAACCUGUGCAGGAUCACAGGAUUAUAUGUUCUCCUUGUACGAUUAUUAUUUCAGCCAAAAAAAAAAUUGGUGUACAAUGAGCAUCUACAAUUUCAAGGUGUAGGAGAUGUUGCAAGUACCUAAAAUUUCUAAAUUUAUCUUAUUAAUUAUAAUAAUUUGAGGCUCUUUCCAUUAACUUUGCAUGCGAAAUUAACCAGGUAUAACUGUAUUCACAUUUGUUGGGCUUAACUCAUUUGCCUUAAGGCUUAGUGUUAAUACAGUUUAAUUAGCUGCAUGAUAUAUUACAACAUUCACACAGGCGCAAAAUAUGUAGAUGGACAUGUUCUUUUAUAUUAAUGAGAUGAAUUUGUAUUGCACAGCCAAUAUAGGAAAAGUGGGGAAUCUCCAGCACCUUUUUAAUUAAGAGCUAUAACAAGAUACCUUGGGAGCCUUAUUCCAAGACCAGUACAUAAUUUGAAACAAUCUGAUGAAACACUUCAUGCAUUGACUGUAACAACGUCUCUAUUCAGCAUCAAGCAUUCAAGGAAGUGAGCAAUAUAAAGGAUAGUGAUGAAAAUAAUGAUCUUACCAGGUUAUUUGGAUUCAUUCAGUGUACGUGUCCCAUGGAGCUGCCUUUAUCCUGUGUUUCCAGGUGCAGUUUGGUGCCUAUAAGACGUAUUCUUGUAGAUUUCCAUGAUCUUUGCGGAGAGAAUAUGCAAUUUUCUCAAGCUUCAAUCUCCUUGCUUUGAGGUGGGAAGGAACAUCUGAACUAAUGUUGAAUGCUGGGUGAGUUUUCUUGUUGCGAUUCUUAAGCUGGAAAGCUUGUAAAACUGCAUCACGGUCAAACAUUGACACAAAUCUUACAAUGAUUGGAUCCGGUGUUUGUCGAUCCUGUCGGUCUUCGGGGUAGGGCUUGCUGGGAAAGUGAUGGUCAUUCACAAAAUGCAUGUCAUUCGUUUCUUCUGUAGAAAAUCCAAUCGAGGCUAUGGCGUCGCAGACAUUGCAGGCAGCAUUCUUAGGGCUCUUGGUGGCUCCAAGUGGUGAUUUUAUCCCAUAUGUAUCUUCUUUCUUUACAAUGGUUUUUUUCUUUUCAUUAUAAUUGUAUAUCUAUCUAUCAUCAAUAUGGUUUCUUUCAUAAUAUUUUCAGACCAUGCACAGGUCAUGUGGGAAGUUAUUAACAUAAAAUAUUU